AUGACUCUUCCAAAUAUCGUAUCAUUAGAAGAAAAAGCUCCAUUUUUAAAACAAUUAAAUAAUAUGAUCGAUGAUUUAGAUAAAAAAGCUCAAGUUGAACAUCGUCUAUUAGAUGAAAUGGAAAAAAAAUGGUUAGGAACAUUAGCGACUAAAGAUGAUCAACAAUUAGCAACAAAUCAAGAUCAAAAUCAUACUGAUAAUCAACAUAUUGAAGAAAGUAGAAAAAAUGGUUUAUCCAAUGGUCCGAUAGAGAAUCAUCUAAUACCAAAUAAAUUAGAUCUUCCAUUAACAUCAUCAAAUAUUUCUAGCAAUUUAACUAAAUUAAAUAAUCAAAUUAAAAAUGAUUUUAUAACACAUUGUCUAUCUUUUAUGAGUGAAGAUGAAGAAGCAAUGAAUUGUUUUCAAACCGUAUGGACAAAAUAUUUACAAUCAGUUGGCGAUGUAUCAUUGUUAUCUGCAUUUUUCGACACUCUACCACAUAAUGUAAAAUUAGCCGUAAUACCAAAAUAUCAAACUGAUUUAAUAAAAUGGUGUAAAAAUUUAUUUCAUAUUAAAUGUGAAGCACUAUUAUGUACAACAUAUUAUUCCGAAUCAUUUCAACGUGUUAUUCGUUUAGCUUUGAAAAGUAAUAAAAAAUUCUCGAAUGAUAAUAAUAAUACUAAUAAAAAAGGCAUUAUUUAUGUGUCAAGUGAUUUUGAUCCACAAUUAAAAGAUGAUCUUCUUGUUGCCAUACCUGAUGUUUGUUUUACACAUAUACAAACUGAUUUAUAUCGUGAGGAUGUAUUAAAUAUUGAUAAAUUAAAACAAACAAUAAUUAACGAUGUUGAUAGUACAGAAGAAUAUCCGCUAAUGAUUAUUGCAAAUGUUGGUACACCAUUUUUAGGACAUAUUGAUGAUUUAGCUCAAUUAAAAGCAAUAGCCAAUCAUCAUCAAAUAUGGUUACAUGCAACGGGUGAUCUUCUAGGUUCAGUAACCUUGUUAUCAUCCGAUGAUAAUCCUAAUAUAUGUUGUGAUAGUCUUACAUUGGAUUUAAUUAAACUAUUUGGUAUACAAAAUUUACCUUAUUUGACAUUAUUUGUUCAAAAAUCAUCCUUUAUUCCAUCAUCGCUAAAUCGAGGAUCACUUACUACAUUACAUUCAAAUGAAUUAGAUACAAGUUCAAAUACAACGUUAACAUCAACGAAUGGUAGUCAAGGAAUAAAUAAUGAUAAUCAACAAAGUUUAGUACAAUCUAACGAUAGUAAAGAAAUUAAUUAUGAUGUAUCUGCAACGGCACUUUCGACAGCACCUUUAUCAUUUUAUGAUAUGAUAUUACAAUCAUCGUCAAUGAGUUUUAUAAGUUUUUGGUCUUUAUCACAACGUUGUACAAAUGAACAUGUUUUACAUCAUAUGAAACAUUCAUUUUAUUUAACAGAUUUAUUAAUAAAAUCUUUAUAUCAAAUAAAAGAAAUUAAAAUAUUAAAUGAUAACUCAUCUGAUAAAAAUAAUAAUGAAAUGAAUUAUAAUCCUACAAUAACAUACAAAUGCAUUUGUGAUGGUUAUUCGUCCACAAUACCGUUACCAAUUUCUGUUGUAUUAUUUCGUUUUGAGCCGGAUAUAUCAAAAAUUCAAGAUAUCAACGAUAUGAAUGAUAAUGAUAUCGAUAGUUAUGUUGAUCUUUUAAAUAUGUGGCUUUAUGAUAAACUUAGUCAACAGUAUCCAAAAAUUAAUUUAGAAUUAUUAAAAAGUAUACAUUUUCAACCGCAUCGCUCAGUUGAUAAUAAAAUUGAAACAAAUCGAUAUCCUUCGCAUGCAUUUCGCUUUGCUCCAUUAGAACAUUUACUUGACGUUAUCGAAGAAAACGAUAUGAAAAUAUUUAUAGACGAUAUUAAAAAAUUUUGUGAAAUAUUAUUAGCCACAAUGGCAGCUAAAAGUCGAUUAAAUACAGCGAUUAAAACAAGUUAUCCAAAUCUUGUAUCAGUUCCACUAGUUAACUGGGCAGGAAUUGGUGGUGUUCGAUAUGUUUCUGAUGUUAGUAAACAAGAACAAGAAGAGAUAAAUGAUAAACAAGAACAUGAACAAUUGGCAAAUGGUGAUAAUAGUAAUCAACAGGAAAAUGAUACAUCAAAUUUAUAUUCUGUUCAAGAUAUGAAUACGGUUAAUGCCGAAUUAGCUAGAAAAUUGCAAACAAAUGAUUCAGCAUUUACUUUAGGAGUUAAUGAUCAAGAAUUAUUAUAUUUACGUUUAGGUAUGGUGAGAAAAAAUGAUGAUCUUGAUGUGUUAUUAAGAAAAAUACAAGAUGCGGGUCGUGAAACAGAACAAUCGUUAAAAUAUGUUGAAGUAAUGGCCGAAAAAGUACGAGAAGGUAUUCGACAAGCUGAAAAGGACUUACAAGAUGAAAAUCAACAAUUAUUAUACCAAGAAGGCAUCUUACGUCAAUUACCAAUUGUUUCCAAUCUUUUAAGUUGGUGGUCUCCAUCACCGACACCGACAACAUCAGUUAAAGGUCGUUCAUUUGAUUUACAGUCAGGAGCAGUUGAAAGUACCGAAUCCGUUCAUCGCUAUCGUAUGCAAAUACAAAAGACCUCCAUCAAUGAUCAAAAACAACGUAUGCAACAACAGGCAGAUAUGCAUGAAGAACAAUCGGAAACAUUGCCAAAUCAUAAUGAAAAUGAAGCAUCAUCUUCGUCAUCGGCUUCGUCAGUAUCGUCAACUCAUGAGAAAAAUUCACAGCAAUAA